UCGGUGUAGCUACCCCUGCACAUCCUUGACAACAACAGCAGAUGUGAUCGUGAGAGUCUGCCGUUAUGGCCGAAGGCUCAGAAGAACAAGGCGACACCAAAAAUCUAGACAAUAUCGCGUCCAAUCAAGCUGGCACUGAGACAGGAGAUGAUGAUGAUACCCUCGAAACAGAAUCGGAGGAGGAUGAAGAGGAAGAGGAGGAAGAGCCCAAGCUAAAAUAUGCUCGAAUGACAAGCCAUCUUGGUCCAGUCUAUAGGAAUGGGGAUGCUACAAGUACUUUUCUGGUUGCUGGCGACAAGAUGGUGAACCUCCAAUAUUUCGGUGACUUAAUUCCUCCAACUAACUGUUUUAUAGUUUAUUGGUACACACAAUGGGAAUAUUGUAUGCUACGAGACCCCGCUUUCCUUGAAGUAAUCUGCUAACAUCCUAUGCAGCAUGUAUUGUUGCUGCCUUCGUUCAAAUCGAUUCGGACUUACCAUGCUCACUCAGCUUCGAUUACGAGCAUAUCCAUAUCCCCCUUCCCUCCUCCGCUACCGACAGCAGUUCCUGAAGCCGUACAGCGCUUCACAUCGCGGGUGCAUCCAGACGUUCCAAUUACACCGCAGAGACCUCCAUCAAUGAUAUCCCAGUCGUCCACAAACACAGCGCGUAGUCCUGGAGCCCCGACACUGUCAAAAACCCCUUCGAACGCAAUCUACAUUGGCACAUCAUCUGUUGAUGGCAAGGUGUGCAUAGCAUCGCUCAUUGAUGUCAAGGAUGUACAACUGAGAGAUUUUGCAAGACCUGUCCAAGCUGUUAGUCUGUCGCCGGAUUAUAAAAAUGAUCGCACAUAUAUAUCAGGAGGGCUAGCAGGAAAUUUAGUGCUUACCGUUGGCGGUAAAGCAGGUACAAGCUCGACGUCUACUACUACUGGAAGUGCAGCGGCUACUGCAAGUGGUUGGUUAGGAACUAUUGGUUUAGGAACACAUACUGGGAAGGAUACUGUGUUACACUCCGGAGAAGGCACAAUCAAUACCAUCAAGUGGUCCCUGUCAGGAAGAUAUGUUGCUUGGAGCAAUGAGCAUGGUAUUAAAAUCAUGAGGUCUCACUUGCAAUUGGACAGUGCGGAUACUGAAUCUGCUUGGAAAAGAAUUGGGCACAUAUCCCGUCCAGAUGGGCAGCAAUGGGAAGAUAUGGCCAGUGUGUGGAAAGCUAGGGUCGAAUGGAUAGACGAGAAGACUCUUGAAACUGAUGAGGAUGACAAAGCUCGCGAAGCAUCAACUGCGUCCCCUGCCACAGCGAAGCUGAGAUUGCAAGCGUCGAGAGAUAAAUUGCGAAUUGAAAAAUUGGUCGUUGGAUGGGGCGGCACAAUCUGGAUGAUUAAUGUGCAUCCUGGUGGAGCGGGGGUUGGAAAACAUGUGGGAGAGCGUUCUGUUGGUAGCGCUGAGAUCAUUAAAAUGUGAGUUGCAAGACUCAACUUACUAUGGCGGUAUUGGGGCUUUCUAACAUUGUUAGGUUACGGAUGGAUUGCAUUAUUUCUGGAUUAUCGUUAUAUACCCCAACUUUACUUGUUGUGCUUGCAUAUGUUAUGCCUGAUGAAGAAGAUGAGGAAUUUGUUACACCAAAAGGGCACAAAUCCCAGUCAUCAACGACGUCAACGGGUAGCGGUCCGAGCGGUGGAAUACGGCGUCGACAAAACGCACUAUCGCCAGAACUUCGUCUUAUUGACUUGGGAACAUCCCAAGAGGUGGAUACUGAUGGAUUAACAGUCAGCCGUUACGAGAGACUCUCGGCUGGUGACUAUCAUUUAUGCGUGUUGCCUGCCGCUCGAGACGAGCCGGUUGUUCAAACAUCUCGCGGAACCCUGGAAGCCCUUACUGGAAUGGGCAGUGGUAUGUGGAAUGCUACGAUUAAUGCAACAUCACUGCUUAGUUCUAGUGCAAGUGUGAUCAGCAAUGGAAGUACAGGCGAUGGUGAUUCAAAACAUACGUCAGUUAGAUCAAGACUCGCCCAGUACAAUCGUACUACUGCUGCUCACCCGCACAUCACCACGCCAGGGAUGAAAAUUUUCAUACAAAGUCCAUACGACUGUAUUUUGGCAACGAAACGAGAUCUCUCGGACCAUCUUGGGUGGCUGUUGGAGCACGAAAAGCACCAAGAAGCCUGGGAGUUAAUUGAUGAACAUCCUGAAGUGAUUUCAUCCUCUCCCGAGAAGCUCUCUGAAAUUGGGCCAGCAACUCCCGAUCGAACGCACUCAAGUAGUGAUGACUUCUACGAUUACGAAAGCACGACCAUCGAAUCUGCAAGUCGCUUGAUUAACUCGUCCGUGGAAAAGGAGAAGCGCAGAAUUGGUGAACUUUGGAUUCAAUCCUUGAUUGAGAACGAUGACUGGACUGCUGCAGGCAGAAUUUGUGGCAAGGUCCUGGGUACAUCGGAUCGUUGGGAACAUUGGGUCUGGGCAUUUGCUGGAAAAGACAAGUUUGAUGAAAUUACCAACUUUAUACCUACGGCACAAAUCACGCCACCACUGCCAUCGACAAUCUACGAAGUCGUGCUGGGACAUUAUAUUACCCAUAACUUACCAAGGGUAAGGGAGUUGCUCGACCAAUGGUCACCCGACUUAUUUGAUAUAAAAGCUGUAGCCACAGCUCUAGAAAACCAGCUCAAAUACCGGGACGUCCGCCAAGAUAGCGUAGAAGAUGGUGAAAUCGGUAGGGAUUGGCGGAUUGUCAUGGAAUGCUUAGGGAAGCUUUAUGUGGCUGAUGGACGGCCUCGCGAGGCUCUGAAAUGUUACAUCAAGCUCCAAGAUGCCGAUUCUGCCAUGCUUCUUAUUAAACAAUAUCGUUUAGUGGACGCAAUUGCAGAUGAUAUCCCUGCCCUCAUCAUGCUACGCGUUUCGAAGGACCAGAAGCGACAUGCCUCUAUCUCAGAACUAAAAGAAGCUACGUCUGAAGCUAUACAACUACUUGUUGAUGAGGCUCAUCAUGGUCUCGUUCGACCCCAAAUUGUCGUGGGUCAGCUAGAGGAAAUGCCGUUGUAUCUCUUCUUCUAUGUCAGCUCGCUCUGGAAAGGUGAUGGCAUAGAUGAACUUCCAAGCGAGAACCGCGAUCGAUUAUUAGCAGAAAGUAGAUCGCUCGUAGAUGGUCUUGCUGAUUUAGCUGUACACCUCUUCGCGACAUAUGAUCGCGCGCUACUUAUGGAGUUUCUUAAGUCGUCCACCUUCUAUACUUUCGAAAAGGUUUGUAUAGCUUCAUCGUUUUAUCUAACUAAGCUUACAAAUAUCUAGGCAACACUUGAAUGUGAAAAUCACUCAUUUAUCCCUGAACUCGUGUAUCUCUACUCCAAGACUGGUCAAACAAAACGUGCUCUUUAUCUCAUCAUUGAUCGUUUGGCAGAUGUUUCACAAGCAAUAUCAUUUGCCAAAUCUCAGAACGAUGCAGACCUUUGGGAUGAUCUUCUCGAGUACUCUAUGGAUAAGCCUAGAUUUAUCCGUGGAUUAUUGGAAGAAGUUGGGACGGCAAUUGAUCCAAUUCGUCUAGUUCGAAAAAUCCCCGAAGGUCUAGAGAUCGAGGGCCUGAGAGAAGGUCUCAGUAGAAUGAUUAAAGAAUAUGAAAUCCAAGAAAGUAUAAGCCAAGGAGUCGCAAGAGUACUACGAGGCGAAGUAGCAAUGGCGCAAAACACUCUCCGAGCCGGCCAACGUCGCGGCGUCAAAUUCGAUGUCACCCAACAGGAACCCGAAGCAGACGGUGAAACCCAACGUCCAGAAAGACAAUCUUAUAAACACAAACCCGUACAUUGCAUAAGUUGCAAGAACGCCUUCGUAGAAGGCGAAAUGGAGACCCUGGUCGGCUUUGCAUGCGGUCACGUAUGGCACCUAUCGCACCUCCUAAACUACGGUAAGAACGAAGACCAGAUUCGUCAAUCGGCUGAUGCGGAGAGACAUCCUACGUAUGAUGGAUUUGACGAUGGGGAUGACGAGCGUAGAUAUACGAAUGUGCAUAGUAUUGGGACAAAGGUGACGCGAGCGAGGUUAUUGAAGGAUAGGAUUAGAGGUGGCUGUCCGGUUUGUAAAGAAAAGGGUCAUGAUGUGUAUGCUUGAUGCAGAUACGUAUGCGCAUGCAUAUGUGCAUGUGCAUGUGCAUGGACUCACUUGGGUGGUAGCAUAUGGAGCGAUGGGAUGCAUGGCUUGGAGUAAGGCAUUACGGAUAUGAAAUUUAGAAUAUAAUAAUACCUAUACUCAUUGGAAGAUUAUUCCCUUGAUUGUUUUUG